AUGUUUGUUUUUCAAAUUGAAGUUACACAAUCAAAUGUGAAGAAUUUUCGAUCAUCCACAGCUUUAGCAAGCUCUUUACCGUAUCCUAAUGAUCGUAAAUUCCAGAUUCAAGAAACUCAUUCGUCAAUCGAUGUUGUCCUUGAUGAUCUUAGUCAAGUAUCAGCUGAUGCUCUUGUUUGUAUAACAACGAGUGAAAAUAUUUUGAAUUUUGUGUUAGCUCACGCUGGUAAAGAUAUCUAUGACCAAUAUCGUCAGUCGUAUAACUCUCGUCAAGUACUUAUAUUAAAUGGGGGGAAAACAAAAGUACAAAAAAUUAUAUUUAUUGAGUGGAAAAACUCAACAUCGAAAAUGUCCUAUACUGAAAUACAAGAGUCGUUAGCAACAUUAGUUCACUUUUGUCUUGAUACAGCACAAGAACGUAAUAUAAAAUCAAUUGUAUUUCCAUGCAUUGGUAUUGACGCUAUGAUAUGGGAUUCAUCCUUAGUUCCUAAAGCAAUGAUCGAUGCAGCCAGUGAACGUUUACAUAAAUAUAAAAUGAAUGUGAUCUAUGCCAUUUGUAAAAAGCCGCAAGAUAAAUAUCCCGAAACUGAUCCAUGUUAUCAAUAUGCAUCAAUUGAUGAAUGUAUCCAAGUAAAAUUAGGAGAAGAAUAUAGUUGUUCAAAUGCUAAAACAACAUUUAGAUUAACAACAUUAGAUUAA